CAAAGCACUACUGUCAAAACAGGAGUUCCACCUCUGGUCUUCGCUGUACUCUGAAAUUCUUUUCUGCUCUCUUUAUUCAAUUUUGCUUUCUCUCUCUCGAACCUCCUGGACUUUUCCAAUUCGAAACUCUCGGUUUCGAAUUGUGGGGGAUUGAUUGAGAAAAGCUUUGGGCUUAUCGUCAGAGAGGAGAUCUCAUCGAGGAAAAUCGCAUCCCGGCAAUUACAGUUCUUCUUUUUGUCGGUUAUAGAUCAUUUGAUCGUUCGUAGAUCUUCUCGACUUGAGAUAGAAAUCGAAUUUGGUUUCCUAAGAUGGCUUCUAAGGAUCAGAAGCAGGGUGGUGGUUUUUUCGCGUCCAUCGCUUCUAGCUUAUCCAACUUUGGAAACGCGAUGCAAAAAUCUGUCAAUGGAUUGGUUGGUUACGAGGGACUGGAAGUUAUAAAUCCAGAGGGCACUGCAGAAGAUGCGGAGGAGGAAGCUCAGAGAGGAAGAUGGAAGCAGGAGGAUAGAGACGGUUACUGGAAGAUGAUGCACAAGUAUAUAGGUUCAGAUGUUACAUCAAUGGUAACACUUCCAGUCAUUAUUUUUGAGCCAAUGACAAUGCUUCAGAAAAUGGCAGAGUUAAUGGAGUACUCCUAUUUGUUGGAUCAUGCUGAUGAAUGUGAGGAUCCCUACAUGCGGUUGGUUUAUGCUUCGUCAUGGGCAAUAUCUGUCUACUUUGCGUACCAACGAACUUGGAAACCUUUUAAUCCUAUACUUGGCGAGACUUAUGAAAUGGUUAAUCAUGGUGGGAUUACUUUCAUUUCAGAGCAGGUGAGCCAUCACCCUCCAAUGAGUGCUGGGCAUGCGGAAAAUGAACAUUUUACUUAUGAUGUCACAUCCAAACUAAAAACCAAAUUUUUAGGAAAUUCAGUUGACGUCUAUCCUCUUGGAAGGACACGCGUGACCCUUAAAAGAGAUGGUGUAGUCCUCGAUUUAGUUCCUCCUCCCACUAAAGUUAACAACCUUAUAUUUGGUCGGACCUGGGUUGAUUCUCCUGGGGAGAUGAUCUUGACAAACUUGACAACUGGGGACAAAGUUGUGCUAUAUUUUCAACCAUGCGGCUGGUUUGGGGCUGGUCGGUAUGAAGUGGAUGGAUAUGUAUAUAAUGCCGCCGAGGAGCCUAAAAUACUGAUGACUGGGAAAUGGAAUGAGUCAAUGAGUUAUCAACCUUGUGACAUGGAAGGCGAGCCACUCUCAGGCACUGAACUUAAAGAGGUAUGGAGGGUGGCUGAUGUUCCACAGAAUGACAAGUUCCAGUAUACAUUUUUUGCACAUAAAAUAAACAGCUUUGACACUGCACCCAGAAAGUUAUUGGCAUCUGAUUCUCGUUUGCGUCCGGAUAGAUAUGCACUUGAGAAGGGCGAUUUAUCGAAAGCUGGUGCUGAAAAGAGCAGUCUGGAGGAGAGGCAGAGAGCUGAAAAGAGAAAUCGGGAGGCCAAAGGGCAGCAUUUUACUCCAAGAUGGUUUGACUUCACUGAUGAAAUCACUCCUACACCUUGGGGUGACUUGGAAGUGUACCAGUACAAUGGAAAGUACACAGCACAUCAUGCUGCUGCAAAUAGCGCGAAUGGCAUUGAUGAGGUUGAUAUCAGUUCUAUUGAGUUCAAUCCAUGGCAGUAUGGAAGUGUGACGGUUGAAUGAUUUACUUUUCCCUUCCCCUUUGCCCUUUUUAUGCUUGAUGACUUUUGCUGUUCUUUUGAUCUUGUAUUCUGGUAGCCUGCAACAACAAACCUACUAGAUGUAAUCUGUAGAAAUUAUUUUUUU